UGUGUGUAAGUGUGUGUCUGUGUGUGUAAGUGUAUGUAUGUGUGUGUAUAUCUGUGAUGAGAAAUUACAUGAGACUGUUAUGCAUUUAUGGGCAGUUCAUGUGGUUAUUGGUAUUUGUAUGCUGUGGUUUAUGACAGGUGCAUGUGUUUUUUUGUGAAAUGUUCAUGGAUUAUUGUUUAUGGUAUUUGUACGUUUGGUGUGUGUUAUAUACUAUGGCUAUGGCAGAAUUAAAUCUUUACACCCACCAUAGUCCCACGGCAAGCCUACGUUUGUGCACUCAAGCACAUACCCUUUAACUUUUUUCCCAUUGUAGAAGUGUAUCAAUUGUUCCUAUAUUAUCUUAUUGAUGUUAUACAACAAAGCAAUUCCACACAAAUAUCCCAGUAGAAUUUCAUGUAGUUCCAGCCAAAUCAAAAAUGGCAACUAAAAAAAAAAUACAUUUUUAAUUGUCAUUUUUAAUUUGGCUGAAACUUGACACAAAUGUUUCUGUGGGCGAAAGAUGCCAUUUUGUGCUAUUGAUUAUUUUGGUCAAUCACGACUCAUUUUUGAGAAGCUAUGUUGAAUUGUCAUUUAAAAAAAGUUAUUGAUGAUUACAAAUAUUUUUAGAGUCAAAACUGAACUUUGACCGGGGGAAUUGUCUUAAACAAAGUUGUAAAUAAUAAUGUUGUCUUUCGAAAAAAAAAACACACCACGAAAAAAAAAUUGAAGAAAAAAAGUUUAAUGUUUGCCCUACAGCUCGGACAGGAAAACAAUAAGUGUUUAGCUUCUUCUUGUGAAUUUUGGUUCUCCUAGUCGCGACUACGAAGUUCUUGUGAAUUUUGGUUCUCCUAGUCGCGACUACGAAGUUGAAAGAGAUUGAAGACUCGCACCUAGGCGAACUCUCGUAUGCAAUUGUCAAAAUGUGUGCGAUAACAAAAGCUAAACUAUUUCAUUUUUUCAUUUUCUCAUGCAAAAACCAAACAAAUAUCAGCACCUUCGUAGUCGCGAAGUAAAGAUAAAUUUUUCAGAGAUCUAAAUGAAGUUUCCCGCAAGCAAACGUGAGAGCGUCGAACCCGGCGAGUAACUAAUCACUCUCCGGUCGUUUGACGCACUAGUUCAACUGCCAGACUAUAACCUAGUGACUAUUCAUUUUUUUAUUGCAUAAGCCACAAAAAUGGCUGGAAAAAAUGCUGCAGCGAGAAAAAGGCUCCUGGCUCGAGCCAAUCGUGAAAAUUUACAAUCUUUACAGAGCAAUAAGUGCCAGAUAAGUGAAAAUAAUGAAGCUAAACAAGAUUCAGAAAAAUCAGACGAGAUGCGCCUGAAGAAGGAACUAAAAGUUGUGCUAAUGAAAACGGUUCCUGAUUCGGGAAACGCAGAUUUCAAAGCCCUUGAAAGGAAGGAGGAAGGAAAGCAAGCAACUAUCGUACGUCAAGAGAAAUCUCAUUGCGGACGUAACAUCAAAUUGAAUGAUUCUGUCUGCUAUAAUAUCGGUGAUGGAGUAGAGCAUCAAACUUACACUACGGAACAACUAAAAGUAAACUCAACGAAACUUACGGCUAUGAAGUUUAAAGGAAUAAAUUCCGUAGCAAAAAAUCUCACACCACAUCGUUCGAGUGCUUCGAAUUCCAUCUCGAAAUACUGCAAAUUGAUGCCCGAACAAACUGACUCUAAUCCAGAAGUGUCUGCACAAAAUGAAAUGGUAUUAGAAGAUCAAUCGUCUGAUACAGAUUAUUCAGAGGAACUCUCAUGCAACUCUGAAUCGGAAUCAUCUAAUCGUUUCAUCUACCAUCCGAAAAGCAAGAAGCAAAAGAAGGAUAUAAUCGAAUGCACUUGUGGUCAGCAAAAGGAAAUCAAUGAAAUCAUAAAAGAAAACAAACGGUUGAAGGAUGCAAUUCACAAAGUUCGUGCCAAAUAUUCGGAUGCUACGAUGAGAUGUAGGAACUUAUCGGAUGUGCAUGUGAGUGCUGAGGUUGUUGGGCUACAACACAAGCCUGCCUUCACCGAGGUUCAGGGAUUUCCGAAUCAGGAACAACUGAAAAAAUUCUCUGAUGCUGGCCAUAGGAGUGAUUAUGUUUUUAUAAAAUUGCUUAUGCUCGAAUUGUGGCCUAAAGGACUGUAUGGUCGAUCAGUUACAGGGCGGCUUUCAAAUAAUCCGCUUGGAAGACGGGUUAAAUCUCAAGUAGAAGGGCCAUUUCUUCAACCAACUGUUGAAGGUCGUAUUGCUUUAGAGCCGAAGAAAGUAGAAUACAUAGCUGAGCGUCUUUUGGAACAUCGCUUGCAUCUGGGGGAUUCUCCAGCGAUGGCAAAAAAGAAUUCAGAUGAAUGCUACCGAUUGAUGGCGAGAGUAAUUUCUUACUAUGGGAAACAAAACACCGCAGAGCACGAAGAAUUUCUAAUCAACAAAUAUUACCAUCAUAACAAAUUUAUUCUCACAUACGUUUUCAUUUACAUAUAUACUCCUUGCACACUCAUGCAUACAUCACCUACACAGAGACAUACACACAGGCAAGCACCACACUCAGAAAGACCUAAAACACAUAGACAAACUAACAUGUUGACAAUAAAAUAGAAAUAAACAGUAAA